AUGGCGUCCGCCGACUACGAAAGUGUGCUGUGUGUCAAAAAUGAAGUAUUUGUUUACAGAAUUCCACCUCGUCCAUCCAACCGGGGCUACAGGGCUGCUGAUUGGAAACUGGAUGCUCCUGACUGGACGGGUCGGAUGAGGGUUGUCGCCAAGGGGAAAGAACUGGCUGUCAAACUUGAGGACAAAACCAGUGGUGAACUGUUUGCCAAAUGUCCUGUGGAGGAAUACCCAGGCAUAGCUGUAGAAUCUGUCAUGGAUUCCAGUCGCUACUUUGUUUUAAGAAUAAAGGAUGAUAAUGGGAGAAGUGCAUUUAUAGGGAUUGGUUUUUCCGACAGAGGAGACUCGUUUGACUUGAAUGUUGCCUUACAGGAUCAUUUUAAAUGGUUAAAACAAGAAGAAGAAUUUGAACAGAAAGCCAAGACUUUUGACUCAGGACCCAAGUUAGAUUUGGGCUUCAAGGAAGGACAGACAAUCACGCUCAAUAUAGGGUCAAAGAAGAGUGAUCAGAAAACACGACCACGUCCUAAUGCUGGAGCCACACCUGGGCUGUUACCACCUCCUCCAGGUGGGGUGAAAAUAGCUCCUCCCCCUGGAGACCAAAACAACCAAUCAGCAUUCUCUUCCUCCAGUUUCAACCAAUCAAAACGGGUUACAAGUAGUCAAAAUAACACAGCUCAGAACUUUCAAAGCAACAGCAAUGUGGACUUUUUGCUGGACUUAGGGACCACAGAAAGCUCUGCACCAGCGAUGACACACCUGCAGCAACAACAACAGCAGCAGUCCUCAGGGGUGUCUGAUGUUUGGGGGGACUUCACUAGUGCCAGUUCUAACUCCAGCUCAAGUGACCCGAAUGCUGUGGAUUGGGUUCAGUUUUGAUGAGAGGAUCCCUGCAUUCUGAGCAUCAAAAGUGACGACAUACAUGAAUGGAGGACUCUGCUGUAGAGAUUGUGUUAUUAUUAGCAAUCGGGAGCCUUCACAAACAUCUGCCCCCUCUGUGCUCGCUUGUCGUCCUGAAUUAGAUUAUGGAUGAGGUAGAUUCAUCAUUAACAUAUGGGUAGAUCAAGCAAGUACGGAAUACACUUACACAUACACAUGUACUUGAACUGUGAAACUUCACUGUUUCAUGAUGUGAAAUCCUAACUGGGCAGGCUUCUGAACAAAAGGUUAUGCGACAGAAGUUUGAGGGAAUGGGUGUAUGUUACCAUGUACAGCAAUGCGAAAACGUUUAGAAAGUGGUCAUCUGUUGCCAUGGGUUACGUAAAUCUAAAUGACCGAGCUGUACUAUGGGUUACAGUAGGAAAUAUUCCAUUAACACGUAUGCUGGGAUGUGAUCAAUAUCUGUUGAUAUUAUCUUAUAUUGUUAUGAGACUACGUAAGAGAGAGAUUUUGUUAAAUGUAGCUUAACUAAUUGUAUGUACUUCAGUCUUUCGUGGUGUACCAACAAAUAUUUGUGUACAUGUGCAUUUGGUGAGCGUCUUGCGCAAAAUCUCUUUAAAACAAUGAUAAUGGUGUAAAAUUCCAUACAAUAUGUGCUUAGUGCUUUAUUUUCUAGAUAAAUGUAGGAAAUGUUAAUUAAAUUUGUUUUUUUUUGUCUGGACGCCAUGUAAUAGCAAUGGUUUGGAACUACAUAACGAUGGUUACCAGCUAGUAAUUCUCAAUCCUAUGUGAAAGCAUAACGCAGUGACCCCGAUGGUCUGUUAACUAUGACAUUUCCCUGAAUGUUUUUGUUGGAUAUAGUCACUUUUUCACAUUAUUUAUUGUUCCACGUCAGUGGGUGAAAAAUGGCUAGUCCGAAAGAAGCAGGGCCAUAUUCAUUUCCAGAAUUGACCUUAUACAACAACAACAGCAGCAAAUAUUAAUCAUGUUGAAGUGAAUGUUACGAAUUCAUUAUUCCAAAAGUUUGUACAAUGGUUUGGAGGCCUUGUACUUUUCACAGUCUGCUAGUCUUACUGUGAGACUGAUGUCACAGUCGGGGCCUCGGUGGCCAAGGUGGUUAGCGGUCCAGCACAGUGCAGUGACCCAGGAGCCUCUCUCCAAGCUGCCAAAAACCUGGUCUGUGCUGAAAAGAUGCAUUUGUGUUACUAAAGGUGCAAGCUUCAUAAAACUAAGUUCUCAUUUUCUUAUUUCUCAUUGCAAAUUAUUUCUCUACACCCCAUAAUUCUCUCGGAAUGUUUCAAAAUAUCCAUAUUGCAGAAGGGAUUUAAAAGGUUGGAAAAAUUUGGUAGAUUUGAACAAUCUAGUAGAUGGAUCAUUCCAGGUGGCAUCAUUUCUGCCAGUUUGUUAAUCACAAUUGAAGUGACUCAGGAGACAACCAUGUGUUAUAAGGUCUUGUGCAGUGAAUGUUCAUGAGGAAUACAUGAGCUGUUUCCUUUGAUCAACUUUCUCUGACUCUUAGUGGCAUACUUAAUUAAUCCCAAAAUGACAGACUUUUGAAGUGUAAGCCGACCAGUAGCUGUGUAGAGUUCAAUGUAUUCAGCUGUGAAUGGAAAGAAGUAAGAAACCUUUCACUUUGGACUGGACAGUGACUCGUUUGGGCGAUUUACAAAACCAUUCCUACUUUGUGCACAGGAUUUCAAUUUUCUCUUAUGAAAUGUAUGAAGCCACAAAAUGCCAUUGUGUACAUGAUUUGUUUUACUCAUUUCUUUGUUUAUUUCUGUGUUGUUUUAGGUCACUCUUAAGAAUAUGUGAUUUGUAUGGCUGGGGUGUGGUUUAUGGAUGACUUUAGGUGGGUAAAGCCUUUGAUGACAACCUCAUCAGUUGGUUGUUAUAACGAUCCCAUGUAUCGCAUCUCUGAUGGAUUUGCCAGCAAGAGCUCUGCCAUGUUUUA